GCCAUUCUUAUUACUCCUUAACAAUUAUUUUUUCUUAAAAAAAAAACAUGACCUACCUUAUUAAACACCAAGCACAACAUAAUUAUUUCAAGCUUGACGGGGUGCGAUGCAGAUUUUGGUGCAAACGCCUUUUCCUUCCUUCAUCAAUCUCUGGUAGAAUUGGUUUACAAUACCUCCUCUAUAGUGUUGCUCCCGUUCGUCAUCGCCCAAGUAAUUUCACUUGCCCUUUGAUUUGGUUUAGGGAUGUUGAUUAUAUAAUUUUUGCAUGUCUUCACUCACAAUUCCAUGUUGAAUUGAAGCAAAGAUUUAUUUGUUCAUGCAAAAGACCCAUGUUCCCCGUUCCUUUGAUUUAGUUUAGGGAUAUUAAUUUUAAAUUUUGCAUGUUAUUACUCACAAUUCUAUGUUGAAUUAAGGCAAAGAUAUACUGCCUCCCUUUGAAGCAAAUCACUCACACAUCACAGAAGGUAAAUAAAUAGGCAAAAACAAACCACAUUUUUGAUGCAUAACUCCGAAUCUAAACGCAGGUGGACUCACUGGAUGGCAUCCAACACACAAUUUUGAUUUGCGUUUGAGUUUCUUCUGAUUUCUACUACAAUCGAGUUACUGGUUUUUCACAUGAGGAGUUCGACCUCGCAACAGUUAAUGGUGUAACGUCAGGAUGUUCCGGAGAAACAGGUAUGAGCAUAUAGUGAAGUAGAGGUGAGAUACGUAGAUAUAGGCAUGGCAUCUUCCAAUGUGGUUCAUUGAGGAACAUUACUCGAAGAUAAAUCCCUGCGGAAAGUCUGACACGUGAGUCUGGAGUUUGUAUGAGUAAGGUUCGUAUGGUGUGUCACUCACUCUUCUCUGAUUAGCUGAAUUAAUCAAUGUCACAAUGCCCAGAGGUUAAUUAUUUUCACCAUUUGAAUGCAUGUCCCUCUAUUCUUAUCUAUUUCUCCGCCUGUUCUCCCAUAGUAAACUUAAUUUCUGGUGAGACAACAGUCUUCCCAAUGACCACUUUGAUUUAAUGGACUUUGAUAAGGUAUGCAAGAAUGGGCCAAUACUACAUACAUAUAGCUUAUUUUGUCUUUUUAAAUGUGUUUCUAUUGUUGCCGGCUUAGUCAAAUUUAUAUCCUACAGAACAAAAAGUUUUCACAGACGUGGUCGGGCAUGUUUGCACGGAGGGGAAAGUAUUGGUGAAGAAAAUUAUUGGCCUCAGCCCUCAAGUGUGUGCCUCAUGCUAGAGCUCCAAGAAUUAAAAUGUUUUUUUAGUCAACAAGCGGCAUCAGCAACUGAUGUUUCUUCCCUAAGCUCAAUGAGAGAUCUCAUUCUCAUUAGAGAUCCUCUUCUCAUAAAAGGCAUGUAGCUUCUGCUCAUCGUCAAUCUCAAGCUUCUUCUGGCAACCAGUAGUCGGAUCCCUAAUAUGAGAAUCCAUAACCAAUAUGCAUUUUUAUUUUGAUAGUUUUUUCAAGAGUAUUAACUUAAGCCAUUUCCAAAAGCUCAACGAAAGGGAUAAAUCCCCCUUCUAAGCACAUAUCUACUUUGGUAUGCUAAAACACCGAAUACCUCAGGUGCGUUUUAGUUAUUCCUUUCCUUUGAUCUUAAAUUGUAAUGCUUUGGUUUUCAAAGACAGGUAACCUACUGCUACAAUACAUGAAUGAAGGGCUCAAUCGGGGGACAAGUUGUUGCGAAUUGAUGGGUGCUACUACAAAAAGAAAAGGAAAAAAUUGCAUGUAUUUCCAUGGAUCCUUUUCUUUUUUCUUUUUGCAUUUUUUUCAUUUCAAUUUCAUAUUGAUACUCUGAGAUUACGAAAAUCUAUUUACACAUCUCAAAGGUGUUUGACACGACAAAAGGAAGAGGUGCGUUAAUUUUUGUUUUCAUCCAUUUAAUACACCACUUAGUAGCACAGUUAUUUUGUCAAUAUGUGUUUCAAAUGAAAUAUCUGGUUUUCAACAAUGUUGUGCGCUGUCAUGCAAUGGAUAUCUCUAUUAUUGAAAUUUCUGAGAAUACAAUGUAAGUCAAUUCUGUAUUUCUUCUCUUUGCAUUGCAGAGCACUUCAAGAUGGUCUGUCAGGGAAAUGAGACUGAUUUGGUUAUUGGCAUACCUGCUAUCAUGCUCCCUCAAGAUGCAGGCAAAAGCUUGAUAGACAAUAUAAUGAACAAGUCAAGGGUUUCUGUGCAGUUGUAUUCUCCAAGGCGUCCUGUGGUUGAUGUAGCUGAAGUAUUUCUGUGGCUCAUGGCUGUUGUUACAAUCUUAUGUGCAUCAUAUUGGUCAGCUUGGUCUGCCAGAGAAGCAGCAAUCCAGCAAGAUAAGCUGCUUAAAGUAAAUUCUUGGUGUACAUAGAUGCCUUUACACUUAUUGGUUUAAUGUGCAUCAUCCUGUAGUCGUGUUAAGGCUUCAGGGUGCUGGUACAUUAUAUUUUUGUUAAGCACUAGAUUUUUACGUUACAUGAUGGCUAUUUGAAAAAUAUAUAUAUCUUAGACUUAAAAAAUAUUCAUCUAACACAUAUUAUGUAACUAUUAGAAAACAAAAAUAAAUAAAAUUAUAAUUA